AUCCUGUGCCUUUUGCUGCGUACCAGUGGCGCUCAAGAUCCUGGUCAUGACGGACGGUACCUUUCGAGACGACGUCGACAUCCCGCUCUUGCCCUGGUCUUUGUUGAGAGACGACGUACGGUCCCUUGUCCUUGGCAAUCGUCAGCCAUGGUCCUGGGCGUAUGCAUAUGCUCGAGCCCUCUGCGAACGUCGUGACGAAAAAAGUCGAACGUCCGGCUCAUGCCAGCAAAUCUUUCCCUUGCUCUUCAUGGUGCGACGUGCGAAGGUUUUAAGUAUGUUAGCCAAGCGAGGUUACCUGACCUCCAUGCUGACACUUGCGACUGUCGUCCGCGCCACUCCGCUACUAUCGACUACCGACUCAGAACAUCAGCAUGGUUUAUUCGCCUCGGGGGAGACUGGCAGAUCUAGCCUGGUGAGAUGGCCGGCAAACCUCGAAGGUGCGCCUAUGAACUCUCAGGCUCGUGGUGAAAGCGCAUUAUGGCGAAUCUGGGGGAGGUUCUUGGAUACUCUGUGGAUUCCAAAGGGGCUCCUGGACAACAUUCAGGGCAGACACGAGACUUGUUACUUGUGUGAAAGGGAUUAUUACCUAACACCGCAGAUAUCCAAGUGCGACAUCCCUUCUUUCUACAACCGGUGCUUUUUACAUUUUUUUUUCUGUGCUGACUAUGGAAAAUGUAGAGUCCCAAGGGAUCUUAUUUCAACUGUCUUUGUCACAACAACAUUGACAACCACAAGCACUUUCACCUCUUUCUCGGCAACGGUUGUAUCUACAGUGACUCAGACCCUGACUUUUGUUGAUGCAAGCCAAGCCACCACUGCUAUCCUACCAGCCCUAAAAAUCAAACGCUCAAAUGCUCAGCAAAGCGGCGGUGCAAAGACUACUACUGCGCUUCUGGCCACCAUGACUCUGCCAAGGCGCCAGCAAGACAGCACCGUGGGAGAGCGGGCGCCCGAAAGCACAACAACGGUGACAGCCACGAGUGUUGUGACCACGACUACGACCGUUCCAGGUGGAACUCGGACACGUUUCCACACUGUCUUUGAGACUACUAGGAUUGUUUCUGGCAUUUCAAGUACCUUAUUGUCUGGGCCGCCAGGAGGGUCAAGCACUGUUUUAAGCCCGACAAAUACGGAUGGUUCGGGCUCAGGGUCAGGAGCCACGACUCUUUCCUCUGUUCCAUCACCAACCUUGACGCCAAUAGGCAGUCCAUCUGCUAGCAGAGUGAUAACUGUCACCAUAACCACUGGACCUGUUCUUACGACCGUAAUAAACCCUAUCAAGACGCUUACCCAGACUGCAUUCCCAUCAUCAGCCCCUCCAACAGGGCCCCUCGGUCAAUCCCAAUCAUUGUUGAGGCCAGAUCAGAUAUCAGGCAUAGUUCUUGGCAUCAUACUAUUCAUCAUACUUUUAAUAAUCUUAAGUUUACUACUCCUGCGAAGGGCGCACAAUCGACGAUCGAUAGAAGCCAGUCAGCGCCAACAGCUCAGCCCAGAAUGCGGCUUGGUCCCCUUUAACUCGCCCGCGACCUUGCAUUCGACCCCAGGCAGCGCGGGCCAGGUCCGCAUAGUCAUCCGGCCGGCGCCGCCGUCCUCGGUAUCCGCCAGGGGUGACUCGUGGCCCAUACCGCCAGGCCACGAGGGCCAGCCCACGCUAUUUCUGGACAAUAAUGGCAACACGCCCGUACGGACGACGCCCACGCGCUGGAGCAUCACGAGCGACUUUGGCGACAUGUCGGGCGGCGGCGGCGGCGCUCUCGCAUCGCAGCGCAACUCGGGGGUGCCGUCCUCGGGCGUCAUGGGGGAGAUGAGCCCGGGGCUGAGCGUCAGAGACAGGGCCGAAGGCUACUAUUCCACUCGCGCGGGCGGGGGCGACAGCGAGGACACUGGAGAGGCCGAAAGGUCGUCCCCGGCCAGGAACGAGAGCCAACCAUAUAUCAGCGGGCCCGAGAGCGUGGGCGGUCCGUCGAGGGGCAGCAGCACCUUUCGCACCAGGCUUGCGCCGCCGCCGUACCAGUUUGGGCCGCCUGAUUGGGGAGGCGUUGGCUACGGCCGUGCAUUCUGA